AUGAAACACCCCUUUGAUUCUCUGCUCUGUCAAUCCUCAUUCGAAUUCCGUUACCUACUCAAGAUCAAGAUGGAAUACGAGCAUCGAUAUGGGCAGGUUCAGAGAUCAAAAUAUGAUUGUCUUCUAUUUGAUCUUGAUGAUACUCUUUAUCCCCUCAGUGCUGGCCUGGCUACAGCAGUUCUUAAGAACAUUCAAGAUUAUAUGGUUGAAAAGCUUGGCAUAGAAGAGAGCAAAAUCAAUGACUUGUGUAAUCUACUGUACAAGAAUUAUGGUACUACAAUGGCAGGCCUUAGAGCAAUUGGCUAUGAUUUCGACUAUGAUGAAUACCAUAGCUUCGUCCAUGGGAGAUUACCUUAUGAAAAUUUGAAGCCAGACCCUGUUCUUAGAAGCCUUUUGUUGAGCUUGCCCACUCGAAAAGUUAUCUUCACUAAUGCUGAUAAGGUCCAUGCCAUUAAAGUUCUCCAAAAACUCGGUUUGGAAGACUGUUUUGAAGGGAUCAUUUGCUUUGAGACUCUGAAUCCUACACACAAGGGCACUGUAUCUGAUGACGAGGAUGAUAUUGUGUUUCUGGGGUCCGCACAAUUGUCUCGUCCCCUUAGCACAAGCCCUAAGAUUUUCGACAUAAUCGGACAUUUUUCUCAGCCUAAUGCAGAAUCAACAGGAUUGCCAAAGACUCCAAUUGUCUGCAAACCAUCAGAAUCUGCCAUUGAAAAGGCUCUUAAAAUUGCCAACAUUGAUGCACACAGAACAUUGUUCUUUGAGGAUAGUGUCCGAAACAUUCAUGCUGGAAAACGCAUAGGCCUAGAUACUGUACUUGUCGGGAAAUCUCAGAGAAUAAAAGGAGCAGAUUACGCAUUUGAAAGCAUCCAUAAUCUGAAGGAAGCAUUACCGGAGCUUUGGGAAACCGAUAAGGUUGCUGAAGUUAAUUACUCGGGUGUCGCAGUCGAGACAUCUGUUACAGCUUAG